CUUGUCCCUCCAAGGGUGGGGUCACCACCCCCUCCCCAGGCCUGACCGGUGAGGGGCUGGGCCUCUGCUCCCCCACUGCCCCUCCCCAGCAGGCCAGCAAGGAUGGGGGAGGCCAAGGGGCCCGGGAGGAGCCAGAGGGGGCGGUCCCCAGACCGUAGACAGGCCCAGGGCUCCGUGAUGUCACCGCGGGUGCUAAGGAAGGGGAGGGGGUAGGGCUGUUUUUCUGGAGAGAGACUUAGAGCCGAGUGGGACAAAGCCUGGGGCUGGGCGGGGGCCAUGGCGCUGCCAUCCCGAAUCCUGCUUUGGAAACUUGUGCUUCUGCAGAGCUCUGCUGUCCUUCUGCACUCAGGGUCCUCGGUGCCCGCCGCUGCUGGCAGCUCCGUGGUGUCCGAGUCCGCGGUGAGCUGGGCGGCGGGCGCCCGGGCGGUGCUGCGCUGCCAGAGCCCGCGCAUGGUGUGGACCCAGGACCGGCUGCACGACCGCCAGCGCGUGCUCCACUGGGACCUGCGCGGCCCCGGGGGCGGCCCCGCGCGGCGCCUGCUGGACUUGUACUCGGCGGGCGAGCAGCGCGUGUACGAGGCGCGGGACCGCGGCCGCCUGGAGCUCUCGGACUCGGCCUUCGACGACGGCAACUUCUCGCUGCUCAUCCGCGCGGUGGAGGAGACGGACGCGGGGCUGUACACCUGCAACCUGCACCACCACUACUGCCACCUCUACGAGAGCCUAGCCGUCCGCCUGGAGGUCACCGACGGCCCCCCGGCCACCCCCGCCUACUGGGACGGCGAGAAGGAGGUGCUGGCGGUGGAGCGCGGCGCGCCCGCGCUCCUGACCUGCGUGAACCGCGGGCAUGUGUGGACCGACCGGCACGUGGAGGAGGCUCAACAGGUGGUGCACUGGGACCGGCAGCCGCCCGGGGUCCCGCACGACCGCGCGGACCGCCUACUGGACCUGUACGCGUCGGGCGAGCGCCGUGCCUACGGGCCCCUUUUUCUGCGCGACCGCGUGGCCGUGGGCGCGGACGCCUUUGAGCGCGGUGACUUCUCGCUGCGUAUCGAGCCGCUGGAGGCCGCCGACGAGGGCACCUACUCCUGUCACCUGCACCACCACUACUGCGGCCUGCACGAACGCCGCGUCUUCCACCUGACGGUCGCCGAACCCCACGCGGAGCCGCCCCCCCGGGGCUCUCCGGGCAACGGCUCCAGCCACAGCGGCGCCCCAGGUCCAGACCCCACUCUGGCACGCGGCCACAACGUCAUCAACGUCAUCGUCCCUGAGAGCCGAGCCCACUUCUUCCAGCAGUUGGGCUACGUGCUGGCCACGCUGCUGCUCUUCAUCCUGCUGCUGGUCACUGUCCUCCUGGCCGCCCGCAGGCGCCGCGGAGGCUACGAAUACUCGGACCAGAAGUCGGGAAAGUCAAAGGGGAAGGAUGUGAACUUGGCGGAGUUCGCUGUGGCUGCAGGGGACCAGAUGCUUUACAGGAGUGAGAACAUCCAGCUAGGUGAGGCAGUUGCUGGGACACGAAAGCACAGGCGCGACUCCCAGGCUGGGGCUGGGAAGUGCAUCCUGGGAGGGGGGACCUCAGCCUGCUCUCCUCCCGCAGAUUACAAAAACAACAUCCUGAAGGAGAGGACAGAGCUGGCCCACAGCCCUCUGCCUGCUAAGUACAUCGACCUAGACAAAGGUGAGUGGCGGGGGCGACCUCAGCCCAUCUCAGAGCCCUGCCUGUCCCCGUUCCACUUCACCCGGGACCGCCGAGGGCAGGCACCAGCCAGGCCUGGGGCCCCUGCCACCUCAGGCUCAGAAAUCCCUGGGGAGAGCCGGGCGUGGUGGCUCACGCUUGUAAUCCCAGCACUUUGGGAGGCCGAGGCAGGCAGAUCACGAGGUCAGGAGAUCAAGACCAUGGUGAAACCCCGUCUCUACUAAAAAUACAAAAAAAUUAGCCGGGCGUGCCUGUAGUCCCAGCUACUCAGAGAGGCUGAGGCAGGAGAAUGGCGUGAACCCGGGAGGCGGAGCUUGCAGUGAGCCGAGAUCGCGCCACUGCACUCCAGCCUGGGUGACAGAGCGAGACUCCGUCUCAAAAAAAAAAAAAAAAAAAAAAAAAUCCCUGGGGGUCUGCCCUGUGUCUCCUACUGUGAUGAGGGUGGAGAACAGACGCGACCCGUUGGCACCCUUGGCUUCCAGGGUUCCGGAAGGAGAACUGCAAAUAGGGAGGCCCUGGGCUCCUGGCUGGGCCAGCAGCUGCACCUCUCCUGUCUGUGCCCCUCGGGGCGUCUCCUGAUGCUCCCGGGCUCACCCCUCUUCCAGCGGCCGGUCCCGCUUUCCUGGAAUUUGGCCUGGGCGUACGCAGAGGCUGCCUCCACAUCCCUCUCGCAGGGGCGUGGUGGCAGCAUAGCCCCCACCCCUUCAGCCUUUGCUCACUGGUGGCCCUGCCCACCCCUGGCACAACCAAAAUCCCAUUGAUGCCCAUCAUGCCCUCAGACCCUUCUGGGCUCUGCCCACUGGGGGCUUGAAGACAUUCCUGGAGGACACUCCCAUCAGAACCUGGCAGCCCCAAAACUGGGGUCAGCCUUAGGACAGGAGUCCCACUCUUCUUGGGCUCUGCUCGUUGGGGGCUGGGAGACGUUCCCGGAGGACACUCCCAUGAGAACUUGGCAGCCUUGAAGGUGGGAUCAGCCUCAGGGCAGGAGUCCCACUCCUCCUGGGGUGCUGCCUGCCGCUGAGAGCUCCCGAGGGCUCCUCCGCCUGUACCACCGUGCAGGACUCCAGGCACCAUCUGUUCUCCCCAGGGACCUGGUGACUUGGUGAAUGCCAGCCCUUGCCCCUCUGUGCUGCUUUGGGCCAUCUGGGGCUGCACCCCCUGCCCUUUCUCUGCUCUAUCCCUACCCUAGCCUUGCUCUCAGCCACGUUGACAGUCACUGGGCUCCCUGUGACUUCUGACCCUGACACCCCUCCCUUGGACUCUGCCUGGGCUGGAGUCUAGGGCUGGGGCUACAUUUGGUUUCUGUACUGGCUGAGGACAGGGGAGGGAGUGAAGGUGGUUUGGGGUGGCCUGUGUUGCCACUCAGCACCCCACAUUUGUAUCUGCUGGUGGACCUGCCACCAUCACAAUAAAGUCCCCAACUGAGUUUUAGACUUGG